AUGGUUUCUGAAUUUAAAAAGCUUCUUACACACCUGAAUUCCAAUAAAGAAAGUGUUGAAUUCGUAUCAAGCUGAUGCCAAGAAUUUUUAAUUACGUUUCCGACUCACAUACAACUGAUUGUAAAUUUGUGAAUAAAAACUGUAGAAAAAAGUCAUCAAAAGCUCGCUUUAUUUUACCUAGCGCACGAUAUAAUUAAAAAUUCCAACGAUGAAGAAUUAAAGGCUGCGUUUCAAAAGGUCAUACCUAAAGCAAUCUCUUUUUCUGUUUCUGAGUUAGAUACAUUAAAAGAAGUCAAAAGGCUAUUGAAAUGCUGAGAGUACAAGCAGGAAUUUCCUCAAAAUGCGAUAGCUCAAUGAGAACAAAUGUGUAACAGAGCUUUGCUUAAUGGUAGUAAUAACAAAACACAUUUACUUUUAGCAACUAGUCUUGCCAAAAAGUUAGAAGAAUUAGAGUGUAUAGAAAAAAAUAGGAAUAAUGGCAGUAGAACUGCAUGCUUAAAUGAGAAAAUUGCUAGAGGAGAAGUUAUUAAGGAAAUUGUAUAUAUCAUAAAAAGGAUAUAUCACGACAACUUAAACACAACAUUGCAGCUUCAAAGGAUACAUAAAAAGUUAAAUGGUUCAAUUAUCUUCGAAAAAUGAUAA